UGAGGUAUCACUUCAUCCGAGGCUGCUUGGAGGAAGGAAGCAUCAAGGCGAGCUACAUCAACACCAAGGAUCAGCUUGCGGACCUUCUCACCAAGUCCCUUGGGAGGAUCAAGUUCCUUGAGCUCUGCUCCAGGACCGGAAUGGUUCAAUCUUCUCACAAGACGACGCACAAGACUUAGGGGGAGAAUGAUGGAUAAGUCUGUGUACUUGGUCUUUGUGGGGCUGCACAAGAGGAGAUGCUCUUGCUGCAGCACGUUGUGCUUUGCUGCCCCUAGAGGACAGCAAGGACAGCAUCUUGACUACCUUUCAGUUAGGACUAGCAGUUAGCAUCUUGGACUAGUGUCCUUAGCAUCUAGCUUGGCUGCCCUGCAGCCCCUUGUAUAAAUGUAUCCCCAGCCCCCCCUUGGGAUGGCAUGGCUUUGAGUUUGUGAAUAAAGAAAAACCUAGAAAAUUGCCCCAAGUUCAUUGUCAUCCUCUCAGCUCAAUGAGAGUUAGAAUUGAGCUUCUAACAUCAUAUUCCCGUAUUUCACCUGCACAUAGAGCAUUUGUUGCAUCAUUGUCAUCCUCUUAGCUCAAUGAGAGUUAGAAUUGAGCUUCUAACACCAUUAGGGUUAGGUUUAGGGGUCAGAUUAGGUCUUACUUAGGCCCAUUAGAUGUUUUUAGAAAAUAUGGUGGCAUUAUCUCACCCUUUUGGGGCCCAGUAAUCUUCAGUGUACAUUAGGUGUCUACAUCUGUAACCAACCCACUUCAAGCAUGCUACCUUUGAUUGAGUUUUUCAGAUCUAUCACAUCUGCUAAUUCAGCUUCUAGGUUGGAGAAAAGUUAGCCUGGACAAUUAUCUGUUCAUGCGCAUCUUCAAUUUCUGACUCUAACAGGGUUUACAAAUCAGGUAGAAUCAAGCAGGUUGAGCUGUUUUCAUGUUUUUAGCAUUUUGGCUCAAGCUGCGUGACAAAUGGUUCCACAAGGACAACUGGUAUAUUUGUGCAGCCGGUGCAUUCAUCUUGCCAUUUUUGUACAUGACGUCCAAAGUUGCUACAUUAAAAUUUCAUUUUAUUCAUGUUCCACUCCCUGUUUUUGGGUUCGUGCAAAAGCAGAUGGAUCCUCUGAACAACACUCAAGAUGGCCGGCGACAUAGAAGAGAGCGGGAAAGUGGACUUCAAUACGAGUAAUCCUAAUAAUACUAAUGCGGUAGACGAAUGCAUCAUUUCUAACAACCCAGAACAUACGACUGCCUCGUCUUUGCUCAGACGAGAAAGUGAUUUGGCUCCAUUGAAGUCAAUUGAUGGGAGUUUUGAAAUAAAUAAAAAGCAGGGUGGUGGAAAACAAGAAACGAUUUCUGCAGCUGAAGAACAUGGUGCACCCUUCACCAUCGCUCCCACAGUCAGCGAGCAUCCAACAACUCAGCUUUUCUCCGAGCAUUCCGCUGGUAUGUCUACCUCAUUAAAACUUGUGCUUCAUUUCGCAAAACCUAUAAGAUUGAAGAUUUCGGUGAAGCAAUUGGGGGAUGGUCAAUUCUAGACUACGACCACUUGCGUUGCAAAUAUGUAAGUCUACCAUAUCCUUAAUUCUAAAUAUUAUUAUUGUAUAUCUUACUACAAAAUAUUUUUGGUAGUUCCUUUUGCCAUGGUUCACUAGGAAAAACAUCAUGCUAUAUGUCUUGGAUCAUGUGGAUAAAAAUCUUCUUGUGAUUGACCCGUCA